UGUGGAGGUAGUAAUAGCAACAUUAUCGCAUAAAGCUAAAGUCGAAGAAAAACAUUAACAUUCAAAACCCCUGUUCUCCUUUCUUCAAUUGCAGUGGGCCUAAACUGCCUCUCUCUCUCUCUCUCUCUCCCCAUCAAUCUUAAAAGCACUUCACGCGACCUAAGUUGGAACUUUCUCUCUCUCUCUCUCUCUCCGUCUAUCCAUCUACAGCAGAUGCAGAUUCAUUAAACCGUUAGUUCCACUCUGUGUUAUCAGUGAACAUUUACAGAGAUGAAGGGAAUAGAUCUCUUCUGUGCCUCUCCAGCUUCAACAGCCAUAUGCGUGAGCAUGGAUCAACGGUCCAUGGUUCGCCAUGGCGGACGAGCCAUCGAUCGCCACAAUCCUCACCUCAGAGACGGAAGAAGAAGCAUGGGCCUAGUUCCUUGUUCCUCCCAACCAUCCACCAAACCCAAGCCUUACCAUCAAAAGAGUAGGAAGAGUUCUGCUAAGCCAACUGAUCUCAACCACCAUCCUGGUUCGUCCAGAUACCUCUUGAGUGACACCGCUUUCUUCGACGUCUUGUCGGAUUUUGACCCCGUCUCGGCAUUAGUUCCCAUCCAUCCCACAAAACCUCGGCCUGUAAAACCAGACGAAUCUUCUGGCUUAAAGCAUUCUUCUUCAGCUCGCUCUCGUAACCAGGUUGUGGUUUUGAGGGUGUCAUUGCACUGCAAGGGCUGUGAAGGGAAAGUGAGGAAACAUAUUUCAAGAAUGGAAGGAGUGACAUCAUUCAGUAUAGAUUUCGCGACGAAGAAGGUAACCGUGGUCGGCGACGUGACGCCUUUGGGAGUGCUGGCGAGCGUGUCGAGGGUGAAGAAUGCGCAGUUAUGGCCGUCAUCGUCGUCAUCGACAUCGUCCGUUGGGCUCGAGCUAUUGACAGAGAGACAGACAAAAUUAACGAUCAAUUAGAUUAGACAUUAGAGGAGGGAAACGGGAAAAUAUGAAAAUUCUUCCAUUGGGGGUUGGGGGUUGUGUUCAACUUAAAAGAUGAUGGUGUGGUGUGGAUAUGACAUUUGAGAUGUCAGAUGUGUGUGUUAAUCUAAUAUUAUCUUAUCUUGUUGUAAUCAACUACUACUCAUGUUGCAUGGGUAUCCGGACCCGAAUAUCUGUCGUACAAAACUCAAAUUAAAAGAGAUCAAAGGAGAAGAUGUUCUUCAUUGGUUGUC